AUGGCCCCUUCACUCCCUCCAAGGUCUGAAUCGAUCCUCGACUCGAUCCGAUCAUCCUGUCGAGCGUUGACUGCACGAUCAGACAUCACGGUAGCGCUCCUUUCCCUGAGUUCACUUUCGCGCCUCCGCACCCAGCUGAUCACACCUCGCAUUCCACAGAUCGAUGACGAGGCCAUCGACACUUUCUUGCACGGAAUCGGAGCGGGGAGCCAGCACUUGCAAAACAACCAUCGUGGACUGAGGCUACCAUUGCGAUUCGACUCGGCUCACGAAGAGCUCAACCUCAUCGCGUACGUGGCUCUGUUACAGGAUAGUAUCACACCCUAGACUUCAGCAGCUAAAUUACGCUCUAUUUCAUUGACCCGAAUACAGUGUGUUGUCCCUGCUCAACUUUCUCUCGGGUUACCGCAAACCCUUACACCGCCUAACUCAACGCGGCGCCUUCUCGAACAUCCUCUCGCUCGUGCUCGCGGCCCAUCUCUCCGCAGGCGACUCGUCAUCUUCCUCACUCUUAUCAGCCAAAGGGAUGCGCAACGCCACCUUGACCCAAAUAAGUAGCAUGGCGCAGAUCCAGACCCAUCAGGAAAAACCCCAUCCAACUCUGGGGCCGGUCGUCAAAGUCGGCAUGAAGGAUGACGACGCGUUCGAGAUUCUCGAAUUGAUCGUGAGGGUGUUGAAUCGGACGGGGGAGGUUCUGAAGAAAGAAGGCAAGGAGGAUCUAGGGCAUUGGGUCCAACAGGCUCUGUUGGAGGUCGAGGGCGAUAGUGAGCAGAUGCUACGCAAGGUGAGCAACGGAAGCGGAGAAGAAUUUUGAGGGUUCGGCCAUCGGCUCAAUCAUGAUGGCUCAUGCAUUCUCACUCGACUUGCUCUAUGCAGAUUUACGACACAUUCCCGGAUUUCCAAGAUGCGUACACGAUUGACGGCGGAUGUGGGUUUCGCUUCCUUGUUCAUCUCAAAUCUUUCGCUGGGGAGACACUGACCCCAUUCCGUCCCCUGACACCCGCAGCCGUAUACAUUCUCAAAAAAGCGUUGUACCUCCUCAAUGCGAUCACAUUACGCUUCUCCGCCUCUGGGAGCCCUGACCAUGCCCCGACGUUCCCUUUACCGACGAACACGACUCGCUUCCCCAUUUUUGCCGACAACGUCAUACCUUGUCAGUCUCAAAGGUUUCUGCGGCGGGGUAAUCAUGCUGCUAGAGAUGGUGCUUGGACUGAUCUCACGAGUAUUUUGUGCAGCCGUUUUGAUGCACCACCGCAUCAUCGUGCUCUCCACCUCGAGGACAUUGCGAAACCCACCCCUUCUCUCGACCGAAGAAGCGACCCGACUCCGAGCAGCUUCCAUCUCGGCCUGUCAUCGAAUAGUCGAACGAGCGCAAGUUUUGUCCGAGAACGGAUCCGAAAACGAAUGGAUGAGGGGUAUGUUGGAGGUGGAUCUGGAUGGGUAUCUGUGGGAUUCGGGCAAGAGGGAGAGUGGGAAAAACGUGGUGAGGAUCGCUGAGAGGGGUACGACGAUGUAUUGA